AUGGAGCUUAACAACGGCCGGCCUGUUUUAACAGGUGUUGUAGCAUAUGUUGAAGUAUGGUCAUCCAGCAGAACAGAAAACUACUCAAAAGUCUUUAUUCAACAGCUUCUUGAUAUGGGAGCAAAAAUUUCUAAGACUUUGAAUAAGCAAGUUACUCAUGUGGUCUUUAAAGAUGGACUCCUGUCUACAUGGAAUAGAGCUCAAAAGGCUGGAAUUAAACUAGUGUCAGUGCUUUGGGUAGAAAAAUGCCGAGAAGCUGGAACACGUGUUGAUGAGUCAUUAUAUCCUGCAAUGAAUACUAACGAAGGGUUGCCUCAGUUUAUUAAAAAGCACAAAUGCAUGCAGCCCAAAGAUUUUUUUGGAAAAACUCCAGAGAAAAAUCGGAAAUUACAAAAGAGAAUGGAAAUUAUGGCUAAAGAGUUAGAAAUGCAAAGAGCAGUAACAGAAACAGACAUGCCAGUUUUAUUAUUUGAAGAUGAUGGUUCACUGGCAUACAGCCCAGCAAGUAAAAUAAAGUAUCAAUGCAGUGCAAUGGAGAGAAGAAUAAAGGACAUGAAGGAGAAAAGAGAAAAUGUUUCUCCUACUGCUUCACAGUUAUCUCAGAUGUCUGACUUUGGCCCUGCUGUUGUGUCUACAAACUCAACUUCAGCAUUGACUUUAGAACUUGAGACUAGUCACCUUUUAAAUUCAAGUUUUGUUAAUAUGAUCGGAAAUCCUGAAACCGAGAACCUCGGAAAGAAAUCAGAUGACUAUUUGGGUAAUACUGAAAAUGUGAUGGAUGUUUCCAGAGCUGAAUUAUGUAGCUCUUCAGAAUCCACAAGUGACUCUAAACAUGCAAGUGUAAAGCGAUUGAGUGGUAAACAUUUAAAGAAAGAAUUAAUCCUGCCUGAUAACAAAGGAUGUGAUUUCCUUGUCAAAAAGUCAAUAAUUGAUAUGCCUUCCACCCCAAAGCGCAAAGAGAGUAUUAACUGGCUUUCAGCCAUAGCUGAUAAUCCCCUUCCUCAGGUGAACAACUUGGACUAUAGAGUUUCUGCAGAAAAUCUGAUCCAUUAUGAACUUACUGAAAAUACCAACAACAGUAAUUCUGAGAAUGACUUUCCUUCAGUUAAUCUAACAACUAGAUGUUCUCCUAUUUGCAAACAACAAAAAUAUCAUAGAAGGAAAUCAAGCCUUGGACUGAAGGCCUCCACAUUACAUGAUAAAGAACCUCAGAAUGACUUCUUGCAUGCAGUGCUCACUCCGAUUAAAGAUUCUACUAAAGAUCAAGAUUCUUCUUUUGAAGAUUAUUUUUCACCUUCUAACUGUACUAAAAAUAAAAUAAGAGCCAGCCUUCCUUUUCCAUGUCAGCAGAAGUUACAGAAUAAGGAAAUCAAGUAUAACUCUCGCAGAAGUAAAUCAGAUAAUACGUUGCAGUGUUCUAGUCAAACAAGUGCAAGUUACAGCAGAAAGAGGAAAAGAAUGACUGAGAUUACUAAGGAUGCGGUUACUGAGUUCAUGCUAUCUACACCUCUUCAAAGGAAAAAAACAGAUGUAAACUGUAUAUCAAACAGUGAAAAUGGAAACAUAGUAGAAACAUCAGACCGUUUUUUAAAUUUCAACAUUGAGGAACAGAUCUUCACAGCCAGUUCUCCUACAGCUGAUAAUGCCAAAUUUUCGAUGAGUGAUGCCAGAGAUGUUGCUUGUGAACUUUUGGGGGACCAUAUGAAUAAGCCUAAUAGGAAAUUAAAGAUUACUGGGAGAAUCAAAAAGCCUUUGAGAACAUUAGUCAUGACAAGCAUGUCCUCUGAGAAGCAGGAUGUAAUUGUACAGGUAGUGAAGAAGCUGGGAGGAUUUCUAUCUUCUGAUGAAGUAUGCAAAAAUACAAGUCAUGUAAUUGCAGGGAGCCCCCGCCGGACUUUAAACAUACUGAUGGGAAUUGCUCGAGGCUGCUGGAUUGUCUGUUAUGAUUGGGUUUUGUGGUCUCUGGAACAUGGCUACUGGAUUUCUGAAGAACCCUUUGAACUGUCAGUGGAUUUCCCUGCAGCUCCUAUUUCCCGAUUUCAGCGUGACCUUCCAAAAGAAAAAGAUUAUCAGAAACUCUUUGCCAAUCAACCUAUAAUGUUUGUAUCUCAUACAAGUCAGCCACCCUAUCAGAAGCUCUGUGAGUUGGUGCAGCUUUGUGGAGGAAAAGUAUGUAAAACCCUCCGUCAAGCUAAAAUUUGUAUUGGACCGUGCAAAGUUGGAAAGUAUGUGGAUAUGCAAUGUUUAUCAGAAAAAUGGAUUACAGAUUCAAUCACCCAGUACAGGAUCUGCCCUCUUGAAAACUACUUGUUGCAGAAGAAGGUUUAGUCUGCAUCAAGGAUGGGUUACCAAUUAAUACCACAAUUUUUGGGCUUCAUCUAGGAAAUGGAACAAUUAACACCACUGUGCUUCAGUUUGUAAAUGUUGAACAAGUUGAAAGCCAAAAAAAAAAAACCAAAAAAAAAAAAAAAAAAGGAUAAUGUUGAAAUGGGGAAAGGAGCAACAGUUCUAAAAUCCGCACUCAGUCUUACCCAGGGCACGGUCUAGGCAAAAAAUACUGUGUCAACAGGCACUGAGCAGUACAUUUAAUAAAAAUCUGUCAGCUGAGCUAGAGCAAGAGACAAUUCCCAUUCCUCCUGUAAUCGCUUAACCUCCAGAGCAGAAAGCAUGUCACGUGGAUAGAAAUCUACUCGUGCAAUGUUUGAUUUCAUCCAUUAUACUUGACCUAAAAAACUACAAUAUUUUAUCUCACUGGAUGUUACACUAGGCUGUAAAUAAAUCUUUCUGGUGUAUAUUAAGUCAAAGCCGAUAAACUAUGAAGACAUAAUAGAUGAAACAGACUAUUUUUUUUUAAUUCUUUAUAAACAGAAAACCUUGUCUGCUGCUUUAUAUGAACUUUUCACCAAAAUGCCAACUGGGGGUUACUUUACAAACAAGGAACCAUCCUUCACAGACAACAAACUUAUGAACCCCUUUAUUAAGUAACUUGCUGCCAAGGCAGCAAUAUAUCAUGGUCUGAAAUAGAAAUAUUUUAAUAAAAAGUGACAUGUGAACACAUGGUUUCCAGUAAACAGCAAAAUAUCGUUUUUAAAAUUAUGCUUAAAAGUUUUUCUAUCACGAUCUUUUAGCCCUCAUAAAUGUUUUACACACACAAACCUGUCAUCACUAAUUUAUGUAACCAAACAUUCCAAAAUAGUUUUCUCAUAAAUUCUCUUGAAAUGAAUUUCAAAUUGUAAAUAAAGGAAUCUCUGGGGAAAACUCUUCAUUUUUAUUAAGCACAUAUGUAACACAUUUUACA